AUAAAUAAAGCCGUGAAGAACGAACAUCUCUCCCCCAUUUUCCACAGUUUAGUUUUUGCGCCACAACACAGCCAAAGAAAGAAAGAAGAAAAUGGCGUCGAAUGCGGCGGUUCCAUUCUGGCGUGCAUCCGGCAUGACUUAUAUAACCUACUCGAACAUAUGCGCCAACCUCGUUAGGAACUGCUUAAAGGAACCAUACAAGACUGAAGCCCUUAGUCGUGAGAAAGUUCAUUUCUCCAUCUCCAAGUGGACGGAUGGAAAGCCUGAAAAGCCUACUCUCCGCUCAGACUCACCUGAAGAAUGAGAUGCAAGUUUGGUCAUGGAAGUUUCGAAACUGGAAGGAUUUUUUUUUUUUUAGUAAUUUCUGUUAUGUCUGAAACCUAAGAACAGAUUUCAGGCUGAGAUGAUGUUGCACCUCCUAAUAAUAAUGUACUUUGUGACUUGACUGCCAUUGACCCUUCACGGGAUGUUCAUGGGUUAUCAAGUAUUGUUGUCAAAGUAUUUUAAGCUGCACCUUUCAAACAAAA